AUCUUUAGUGUGGGUUAAGAAUGGUAGGAAUAAUGUUAUUAUUAGCACACAUACUUAGUUUAGUUUAUAUGUAUAUAAUAUAAUAUGUUAGAUCCAAGAGACGGGAUUUAUACUUACACAGAUCCAGAUACAAAUGAUAUUCUAUUAGCAUCAAUAGAGGAUGGAGAAUCAGAAAUAUUUGUUAGAGCAUCAGAUCUUAAAGUGGGUGAUGGAUUUUUAGAAGUACAAUCGUUUGAAAUAUCCCAAGAUUCAGAAUAUUUAUUAUUACGUACAAAUGUGACAAACCAAUGGAGAUAUUCAACUCAUUCAAAUGUAUACAUUUAUAAAUUAGCAGAUAAAUCAUUAUUUCCUUUAAAUAAAUUCUCUACUAUUGAUCAAGUACCUGUUAUUUCAUAUGCUACAUGGAGUCCAACAGGUCACAAACUGGCAUAUGUGCUUGGCAAUGAAAUUUUUGUUACUGAUUUGGAAAACUUGACACGCAUUACAUUUGAUGGGUCAAAUACAAUCUUUAAUGGUGUACCAGAUUGGGUUUAUGAGGAAGAGGUCUUUGGUACAGAUUAUGCUAUGUGGUGGUCUCCUGAUUCAACUCAUCUUGCCUAUCUUAGAUUUAAUGAAACGGCUGUGCCUGAAUUUCAUUUACAAUAUUAUACCGCUACAAAUGAUAGUUAUCCCUCUGAAUUAACAAUUAAAUAUCCCAAGGCAGGAUCACCGAAUCCUUUAGUAACACUUCAUAUUCAUUCACUUAUAUCAGGAACUACAGUCAUGGUAACAAGCAACUCCACUUUAAAUGCUACAGUUCAAAUGAGCGACAAUUUUUUUGAACUUAAAGAUACAGAUCGUAUCAUAACGGAUGUUAUUUGGUCAACAGAGACCAAUACCCAUCUCCUAUUCAAACAAACAAAUCGUGUCCAAGAUAUAGAGAUUACAAAUCUUGUUACUCUUGGUACUUUUCUUCAGAAUGAAACUGUUGUAGAAACAAUUAGAACAUAUAAGCCAUCAGAUGGUGGUUGGAUUGAUCCUGCACAAACGAUGGUUUAUAUACCUGAUAAUGAUACAGCAAUUCCACAAUAUUUAGAUAUCAUUGAUAAUGGGAAUGGUUAUAUGCAUCUUGCUUUAUUAAAGGCAACCCUAGAUGCAAAUGACUCUCCCUUUUGGUUGACAUCAGGCGAUUGGGAAGUGAUUCCAAGUACGGUCGAAGUAGAUCAUGAACGACAAUUGAUUCAUUAUAUUUCGACAGAGCGUUCCUAUCUAGAACGUCAUCUCUAUAGAAUUGAUCUAAGGCAUCCAAAGGAUAGACUAUGUCUCACAUGUCCUGAUCAAGAGGAUGUACAUGCUUAUUUUACAGCCUCAUUUUCUCCUAAGCACGGAUAUUAUAUUUUACAGUACGAUGGACCCGACAUUCCAACUACAGUUGUGAAAAAAGUAGAUGAUGCUGCCUUUGAGGCUGUCUUACAAGAUAAUGAAGCCUUAAGGUCUUUAUUAUCCAAUUAUGAGUUGCCGCGUACUCGUAUGGUACCUGUCAAGAGUGGUGGUAUAGAUAUGAUGGCUAUGGAAGUUUUACCUCCUGAUUUCUCUGUUUCAAAGAAAUAUCCCGUCUUAUUUCAUGUCUAUGGUGGUCCCGGAUCUCAAUUAGCUUCUUAUCGAUUUGAAUUAUCUUGGAGUACCUUCCUUGCAAGUAAAUUAGGAUAUAUCAUUGUCACAGUAGAUGGAAGAGGAACGGGUUUUAAAGGAAGAAAAUAUAGAUCAGGAGUAAGAGGUAGAUUAGGUGAAUUAGAAACGAUUGAUCAAAUCAAUGCAGCAAGACAUUGGGCUACUUUAGAAUAUGUAGAUCCCUCUCGAAUUGCUAUUUGGGGAUGGUCUUAUGGUGGUUAUAUGGCAUCCAAAGUCAUAGAAGCCAACAGUGGUUUAUUUGUUGCUGGAAUGGCUGUUGCACCUGUUACGGAUUGGCGAUUCUAUGAUUCAAUUUAUACUGAAAGAUAUAUGCUAACACCAGAAUUAAAUCCUCAAGGUUAUGCUACUAGUGCAAUCAGUAACACAACUGGCUUUGAAAAUGUACGUUAUUUAUUGAUACAUGGUACAGGUGAUGAUAAUGUUCAUUUUCAAAAUACAGCUGUUUUGGUUGAUAAGCUAACACAAGCCAAUAAUCAUAAUUAUCGAGUCCAAUUCUUUACAGAUAACAAUCAUGCUAUUCGAUAUCAUAAUGCAAAUCAAAAUGUAUAUUACACAUUGUCAAAUUUCCUAUGGGAAAGUUUUGGAGGAGAAGAAUACUUGCAUGUUCGAAAAGAAUUAAACGGCCAUUUUUCAGGACCAUUACUUACAGGAGAACAUUAAAUAAUAAUGAUAAUAAAGU